UCCAUGGCCGGUUUAAGGCUUCGUUAAUUCAAAGCCAAGAUCCUUCUGUCUAAAAAAAUAAUCUGGAAAUCUUUAGCAGACGAUUUUUUCUUCCAAAAAUAACAUACGUUGUGUCAAUUUGUGUGGGUUGUGCGUGUAUGCAUGUUUAUGAUGUGCUAUCAUUAUUCUCUAUGUACUAGACGUGCACAGUUGCUUAGCCGUUCCCACCUGCCACCGCUGCGCUGACGCGCGCGAUGCGUAUCGUGAGUGGAGUCACCAUGGUCAGGCCGCAAAGGAAGACUUGCUUGAUUCCAUUCAUACGUGGACUCACGCGUAGAGGAGAGACUCUCAAGAGUCAAAGCCAAAGCAGAUCAUUCUCAAGCUAGCUACCUCUUCAGUUGAGCGUUCCUCCAUGUCGCCAUUAAUUAGUUGCACCAGUCCUGACUCCUGAGUAGCGAUAGAUUUCCUUGUGGGAGAGUGACCCUAAUAAUGGCCGAGAUGGUUGCUUCUGCCGUGGUCGGUGAGACGCUGAGCAGGAUCUCCGCCUUCCUCAUCGACCAGCCCGAGCAGAAACCAAGUGAACAGGACGACGAGGAGAGGCUGGAGAUGGCGCACAUCAAGAUGGAGGCUGCGCUGCGACUGUCCAGCAAAUGGCAGAUCACCGAGGUGCCGAUGCUACGCUGGCGGUGCAAGCUGAAGCGCGCUGCCCAGGAGUGCGACAGCUGGCUGCGCCACCGCAAGCAGCGCGCCCUGGAGCUGGAAAACGACGACACCAGGCGGUCCUCCUUCCCCAGACGGGUCGCUCGCGCGGCCAAGUCGUUCGUCUCGUCUUUCCACAGCCGCGGCAAGGCCGACGCGGACGAGUCAAGCAACAGCUCCGUGGAUAUCAGAAGGCUGGAGCGGUUUGCGGAGGGCGCGAGUGAGUUCCUCAGGUUCGUCGAGUUCGGCGGAGCCCCGGGGCGGCAGCACGUGUUCUUCAACCCUCUCGUCGGCGACCUCCUCGCCGGGAAGACUCUGCGUUACCGAGCGCUGCGAGGAGGACGGCUCUACCAUCUCGGCAUGCGUCCCACCAGGUUCGCAGAGCGCGGAGUGGAGGCGAUGGUCUGGUUCGCCUUUCAGGAUCUCAGGGAGCCUGCAAAGAGCAUCAACUUCAGGUUCAUGCUGCGUCUCUCCGAGAGCAGCGACGUGUUUGGGAUCAUAAUCGAGUGCCUGCGAUCAGCAGCUACGCCUCACUUCAUGGCUGCCGCUGAGGAUGUGAGGAGAGAGCUCGUCCAGCUUCCCACGCAGGAUUUUCGCUGGGUGUCACAGUUUCCUUACGCCGAGAAGGAGUAUUGGGUCGAUGUUCACAGCACUUUGACUCGCUGGCUUCGUCCAGACCCACUCUGCUGCGACCAGCAUGAGCAUGACCUGGCUACCGUUAGCAACAGCAACGCAAACUCAUCGUCAUCGACAAUGCCACGGUUGUCGAGUUUGUAUCCUGAAGAGGUUAUUGUGCUGUAUUUGCAGUGCUACGUCGAGCUCUCCGACGAGCAAAGAAGCCGGCAGAAAGCUACUGAAAACGGAAGAACAAGCAACCGAAAUUCAGGUUUGGCUCCUCCUCUGAAGCUGGGAGCUCUAUUUAUUCCACAUGACACACCGAUCGGCAUAGAUCAUGGAGCUGAGACCUAUGCGUUGGAGGUGAUUGAUGGAAAGGAGCAAGAAACAGUCCACAAAAAUCUAAGUCUACAAGAUGUAGAUGAGAAGUUGCUUCACAAGGCCAUAGACCACCUCUGUCAGAAUCCUAAUUCCAGGACAUAUCAAAUGUGUCUGAGGUCCAGCCAUGGCACUGCAUAUCUCUGCGCGGACAAGGCAGGGACACGGGCACCAAGUUCAGGUAGAAGUAAAACCGCUGGAUCACCGUCGACACGGGUUCGGAACAAGAGGAUGAUGGGUAAAAAACAAGAGGGGGACGGUAUGGAGGGAUGGCUGGAGGUAUCCAGGGACCUGCUCAAGUUAUGGGCAGUUUGUGCAUCUGACCAGCUACACGGCUCAGUCAGGUCCUGGAUAGUUAACUCCCCUCAGCCCUAGGCAUAACUAAUCUCUCCCUCGAUAGGUUACGAGAUUUGACAUGCACAUUUACGCACCUAGAUUUGUUAAGUGGUUUAUGUUUAUGUUAACUUUGAGAUGGUGGUUUAUGUUUAUGUUAACUUUGAGAUGGUGCUGUGCCGUUAGAGCAUUUUAAAUUACAUAAACCUUGUAGCCCAAAUUCAUCAUACGAAAAUGUAUACCCUAUUAGAUUCUCUCAGAGUUAUUUGUCUCGCACAAACAUUGCUCAAUGUAGUAGUUUGCCUCUAUAUGACAAGGCCUAUGACAUGCCAAUCGAAAUUAAGGCUCUCAAUGGUUUCUUGUCCUGCUCGAUGGAGCUCGAUGGAGUCAGUAAGGAGAUUUGUGGACAA